CCGCUACGUCGUUCUUUCAUUGUUCAGCGGCCUACCUUGCAGAAAGGGAGGAUACCGUGCCGGCAACAAGGUCAUUGUCUUGAUACAUUCCCUCAGCAUAGAAAGGGAACAUCAUACCUUAAAUACCUGGAUCUCUCGUUGAGUACGACCAUCACGUAAUAGCUUGCAUGACGAGUUAGCUGGAGCUUUCUCCUUUAUCACUCUCUUCCCGGGUUUCUGGUAUCGGCUGAGCUGGUCUCGCAUACAAUCUUCAAGUCGUCUAGGAAGUCCGCUUGUUGACUGUGACCCUUUUCAUCAUUUUUUUUCCAUCUCACUUUUCGCAAUUUCUCCCAUUUAGGGAAGGCUUGUGGUAACCAUGAGUCACCUACUUUACUGUUUGUCCCUGGUAGGACUUUCUUCCGCAACUGUUCUGGAGAAACGUGGUGGUGACUGGGCGAUCUAUGAGUUAGUUAACGAUGACCUCGCCCGGAUCACUUUGAUGGUUCUCGGCCUGAUGGCGGCAUUCAUAUAUGUUUGGAAAAUGGCGUUCCGGAUCUCCCACCAUAUGAGACGAUUGGCGAGCUUCAAUAACGAGGGACAACGUUACUUCCUCUCACCCCAUGAGACCCUCUCGUUUUUGAAAAACCAUGUCAUCUAUGCACCAUUGUUUGGCACUCGGCAUAAUCGGGAAUUUCAGUUGUCGCGAGCUGUUAACAUGGGUACCUUACCUAGUCGCUUCCAUGCCUUUAUCCUUAUCGGAAUCAUCGCCAUGAAUGUGGUCGUUUGCGUUGUGACAGUUCCAUACAAGAAGGAGGAGAAUACUGUUUCUGGUGUCAUCCGCAACCGCACUGGUACCAUGGCCACCGUGAAUUUGAUUCCUCUUGUGCUGCUGGCUGGGAGAAAUAAUCCCUUGAUCAAACUGCUCGGGGUACCCUUCGACACCUACAACCUGAUCCACCGCUGGCUUGCUCGAAUCGUUGUUUUUGAGACUCUUGCUCAUGUCUUCGCUUGGGCUAUCCCUAAAUCGCAGAAGAUUGGCUGGAGUGCGGUUGGGAAGGCUCUUGGAAGUAGCAAUUUCCUCUUAGUCGGCUUGAUUGCUACGGUCGCAUUCGUGGGGCUCAUGGUGCAUUCACCAUCUCCCAUUCGUCAUGCAUUCUAUGAGACUUUCCUCAAUCUGCACAUCAUCAUGGCCGCGCUCUCAUUUGGCUUCCUGUGGGUCCAUCUCAACGGGCUUCCGGCGCAAACAUACUUGCUCGUUGCUAUCGUUUUCUGGGCCCUCGAGCGAGCUGCGCGAUUUGUGAUACUCCUGUACCGGAACUGUGGCAGAAAGUCAACUACUGCAUUGGUGGAGGCCCUUCCUGGGGAUGCCAUGAGAAUCACAUUGAAGAUGGCGCGGCCUUGGACUUUCAAGCCUGGUCAGCACAUUUAUUUGUAUAUUCCUAGAAUUGGACUCUGGUCGUCACACCCAUUCUCAGUCGGUUGGAGCGAAGCGGAAGAGCUGGUUACUGAUGAGAAAGGACUCCCGGUGACCCGGCAAGACAUGUUCGGUAAAAAGCACACUAGCUUGUCUCUGUUGGUUCGUCGCCGGACCGGCUUCACUAACAAGCUGUUCCAACGGGCCCUGAUCUCUCCGAACAGCCGAGUCACCCUGCAAGCUUUCGCGGAAGGACCCUAUGGCAGUAUCCAUUCUAUGGAUUCCUAUGGUACGGUUGUUCUAAUUGCCGGUGGUGUCGGAAUCACCCACCAAGUACCAUUCGUCCGCCACCUCGUCCAGGGAUACGCAGAUGGUACUGUUGCAGCUCGCCGCGUGACUUUGGUCUGGAUAAUUCAAUCUCCAGAACACCUCGAAUGGAUUCGCCCGUGGAUGACCAGUAUCUUGGCCAUGGAUCGCCGCCGGGAAGUUCUGCGGAUCAUGUUGUUUAUCACGCGUCCUCGCAACACCAAGGAAAUCCAGAGCCCAAGCAGCACGGUUCAGAUGUUCCCCGGCCGACCAAAUAUCGACACUCUUAUCGGAAUGGAGGUUGAGAAUCAAGUGGGUGCGAUGGGUGUGAAUGUAUGUGGAAAUGGUGGCCUGAGUGAUGACGUUCGACGAGUCUGCCGCAAGAGACAGUAUCAAACCCAGGUCGACUACAUCGAAGAGAGUUUCACCUGGUAAAGGCGCGAGAUGGCUGAGUUGGCUAUUUCAAUUUCGAACUCUGUUCAUUCUUACUCCUGCCUCGAUCAACUCUACCUUUUUGCAGACGUAUGUGAGGCAUUCUUUUAUUAGGGUAUAUAUAUAAAAACAAAAAAUGUAUCUUGGUUCGUUUAUAGGUUAUGUUUUAGUGGUGAUGAGAGUAUAUACAAUCUGGU